AUGCAAAAUAAAACUCUCCGUAAUACGUUGGCCAGCAGAAUCUCAAUUUUAUUGCAAGAGUAUAACAUUAUUCAAAUCAUUCAUAUUCAAGGAAAGAAAAAUUGUCUACCGGACUAUUUACCUCGUCAUCCAAUUGAAUUCAAUGAUCCGGAUCUUAUUGAUCCAGAUUAUGGUCUUCAAGUAAAACCACCACCUUCUUCGUCUAUAAUUUCUGUUAGUGGUAGGUCACGGCCUUUACAGAUGCCAGUGGCCGGAGCGGUUACAACAAGAUUGCAAACAAGAAGAGCUCAACAAGAACAAACUACUGAAAGAUUUACAAGUGAUUCCACUUUUGAUCAAGACUCGAUCGAUUUCAACUCUGACCAGAAACUCAGUUGUAAUAAAUUUGAUAUCAAACAGCUGAAAAUCGAACAAGAUAAAGAUUCUAACAUUAAAUUAAAAAUAGAGCAAUUGAAGAAAGAUCCAAAUAAAAACGAUUUUGUCCUCAAAGAUGAUAUUUUGUAUAAGCUUGUUCAGACUAAAUAUUCUAUACGUAAAAAACCUGUUCCAUAUAUACCACCAUCAAUGAUUCCACUUUUACUUGAAGCGUCCCAUAAUGAUCCGCUUUCUGGUCAUUUUGCUAUUCAUCGUACACUAGCAAAAUUAAAACAUCAAUUCUGGUGGCCAGAUAUGAAAUCUUCUGUUGAAAAAUAUAUCAAAUCUUGUUCUAAAUGUCAACAAUUUAACAUAUCAAGACAAAAAAAACCAGGGUAUUUGAAACCAAUAUCACCACCAGAAGAACCAUUUCAAAUCAUUGCAAUUGAUUACGUAGGACCGUUAAAUCGUUCUCCUUCUGAAAAUCGUUAUGUUCUUGCCAUCACAGAUUUGUUUAGAGAAUUUUUUUUUUGA